AUGUACUACAGUGACUGUCUAGCCGACAUUAAUGCAAACCGCAUUGCUUACGUGUAUACAGGCCCAAGGCUAUCUACAGAUGAGACAUUGACGCGUGAUGGGGUGCCAGGAUAUCGUUUUAUUGCUCAUGACGUCAUUGUGCUCAAGAUUCAACCUCCUACUUCUGGUGUUGGCUCCCAACUGUCCCAAAAUCAGAUUCAAGAAACGAAAGAGCCCGUUGUUUCUUUAAAGGGUGAUUCAUCUCGCAAGAGUUCCUCCGGACGGACAGCAUCUAUACCAUUGUAUAACCUGUCAGUGCAAUUGGCUGUUUCUGUUAACCUCCGACAUGUAACAACGUUUAAUCAGGCCCGACUUUGCCUGAUUCAACCAAGAAUGAGGUCCAAUGUUCUUUGCCCGCAGACUUCAGAGAAAUAUCAGGGCAUAAUUGUUCGGGAAGGUGGCUUCGUUGUUAUCGACAGUGGGCUCCUUAAUAGGGAGAACUUUUUUGCUUAUUUGAAAGCAAUGACGCAGAAAAAAGUGGAUCCUGAAUAG